CUGCGUCAAAAUUCCUUACGACAGACUCGACAUCACCACCAGUUAGUUGGCCGUUUGCAACCAUCUCCAAGGCGCCCUCAUAACAACACACGAUCCUCGUCUCGCGACAAUGUCCGCUCUCCAGCGAUUCCUCCAUAACCCUGCGAACCAUGAUCUGUUAUCCGUCAUUAAAGGAGCUAGAAAUGGCUUCGUAUAUGGUGUCAAGAUUCGCUUCCCCCACGCGCUGGUUAUGACAUUCCUAUUUUCCCAUAAACCAUGGCCAGCGAAGAUCAAGGGUAUCUUGACAGCGACACGCACACACGCGAUAAACCUCUGCAAGUUUGUGACAAUCUACAAGUUACUCCUCAUCUUACAGAAGAAGCUCAACGGCGGCAAAGAAAGAGAUCUCGACACUUUUGUUGCUGGCGGUUUGGGAGGAUGGUGGGUAUUUGGGGAGAGAACACCGAUCAACGAGCAAAUGGUCCUCUACGUUCUAUCCCGUUCUCUCCUUUCUCUCCUUCCUCGACUUUACAAUACGGCAUCACCGCCCAAAACACCUAUCGAACCCCUCGCUCACCCUCUCCCACCACUCACUUCUCCCCAGGCGAACCCAAAGCCCAUCCCACCGGCCCAAUUACCGUUUGCCGUUCUCGCCGCACUGAGUUGGGCGUCGGUGAUGUACAUGUUCAGACAUAGGGGAGAAAGGAUACAGCCAGGGAUGGCUAAUAGCAUGAGAUAUUUGUAUAGAGAUUCGGAAACGUGGCGAGACCUGAGAACUUUGCUUUGGCAUAAUAAAUAGUCUGUUUUGAGCACGAAACAUCCGACAGAUGAAGAUUAUCGUUGCAAUGUACCGGAAUUCUCAACGGGAUAGAGACGGCUGAAUUUGUAGAACAUAUACAACAUCAAAUGUAUUGCAU